GUGCCCUAAAUAAACAUUGCACACCAAUCAGAUUUUUGGAAAAUGUAGAAAAUAGACCGGAUGUUCGGCAAGGAUUUACCCUCACGCUCUAGGGCUUCAGGUGCACCUGGAACCGGCCAGGUACCUGCAUUUGUCCCAAGUAAAGCGAGAGGUAUCAACGCGUGUGAUUGGUCAGAUGGUCAUCGUACGUAAUAGUAAUGUAUGAUUUACCCACUUGCCAACACCAGGGCCGGAUUUACUCCACAAAAGAGGGGCCCCCACAAUAAAUAAUUCGGAAAAUUUACCAUUUUAUAUUUUGGAAAAAACUUGGGGCCUGGGGGCCUCCACUCCUUUAUUGCCCGAGGCCUCCAGACCUCUAAAUCCGGCAUUGGCCAACGCUCUAUCAGCUUACACGCUUAUUUUCAUUUAUUAAUUUAAUGUAAUAUAAUCUAUAGCAUUAUAAUAGCAUGCCGCACGAGCUUGCACGAGCUACUAUAUCCGAUUCCUAUUUAGCAUAAAUCUUAUAAUUUUAACAUCAAUAUUUUGAUCAAAGAGUUUGUAUAAUUCAGUUAGCUAGGAAAUCGGUAGGUAGGUAAUCGCCGGUAUACAAACUUUUUUCCAGCCAAUAUAUUUUUAAAAAGAAUUAAUUAACGGUACUGUCAAAACGUAUCGACACAUUUGCAAAGAUGUCAGCUAAACUAGUAGUUGAGAGAUUUGAGACAGACGUUAGUUUUAAAUAUUUGAAUGUUACGAUCGAUGGUGAAAAUGAAGAAACGAGAUUCAGCGACUGGUUGGAAGGCAAGACGCAUAAUUCGAGAAAAGCGACAGAGAAAUCAUCGCACCUGGUAGUGAAAAUAGUGUCGGGGCCAGAGUAUGAACAUUUUAAUCUAGAUUCCUGCGCUAAACAGGUCAAUGAAACGGAGAUUCAUAAUGUUGAAUCUGUUUCUGGCGAACAAUACUCGCGGAGUUAUGAAACCGAACAGAUUGAUAACCAGAACUUUUUAAAUAUGCAGCAAAGUAUAAAACAAACCUUCAAAAACCCCAAUGCGUUACCAAAUAUUUAUGUCAAUAAACACUUAUAUGAUCAUAAUAAUACGGGUGCAAGUAGUUUCGAAAGUACUAUUUGUCCAUUAGAAUACAGUCUGGAGAGAGUUAAGGAAAACAACGCUCGCAUAAUGGAAAACAUUCAUAUGUUGAACAGAGCCUUGAACUAUACGAAAAAGAAAGAAAGCCUCGACGUGAGCUGCUCGAAACCCGUACGAUCGUAUACGUGCAGUACGUGCGGAAAAUGUUUCGUGUACGAAACUGGCCUGAGGAGGCACUACUCUACGCGACAUGCGAUAUUGGACAUUCAGCCACGAUGGCAGGUGGUGUGGACUUGCAUAGAAUGCUUCCAGGUGUGGCCGCGACAGGACGUGGCCAUGCAACACGCGACCCGCUGCAGCCAAGCGGACAACCUGGAUUGUGUUCGUGAAAUCAAGACAUCGUCGCUCUUACAAUGCGAAUUCUGUGAGAAAGUUUUCACAAGCAUUCCCCGACUGCUGCGGCAUGCUAAAACGCACACGACCGCCAGCAACUACGCCUGCAAUGCUUGCGAAGUGGCUUUUUCUUGUUACAAAACUGCAGAAGUGCACUGGCUCUCAUGUCCUUGGUUGCGAACUUGCUACAAUUUUCAUUUGGGGAAACUAUUGCUCUGCAAUGCCUGUGAUCGCAAGUUUAGAAACUAUGAGCAGUUGUAUAACCACAGGUACAAAGCUGAACAUUUCAUUACCAAAACACACCAAAACCACAUCAAUGCUCUUGGAAUAUUAGUGUAUCAAUGUGAACUGUGUGGCCUAUGGUUUCCCUCAGUUGCCCUUCUUCUGAAUCAUAGGAGCCAGUACCACCCUCGCUAUGACAACACACUGGCCACAGGUGAUGUGAGCUACACAGAAAAUCAUGCCUACAGUGGAAAUGAUAUUCAAGAAUUUGAAGCCCUUAAAGAUCAACAAUACUAGGGUGAUGCUGAAGUAUAUGUAGUAAGAUAAGUUUUUGUUUUUCUUCCCCCAAAGUAAUAAACGAAAUUUUAUAUUAUAA